CGACUGGGACAGCGACCGGGCCAGGCAGGCAGACCCAACUCCAUCGAUAUGAGACCCGAGCAUCGGCCCUCGCUGGGCUCGCUGGACUCGCCCAAAGAGAAGCAGAAGGGCAUCCGCUAUCACUUGGCGGCGGAUACCGGGCCUAAUCCUGCGUUUCCUGAUCAUGGGCCCGACUGGAACGGACGAUGAUGGCGGGACUCGUCCAGAUCCGCCACCGGCUUCGCACAUCAGCCGAAGGAAUAAGCGAAAGUUCAAGGAGAGAAAUGAUCCGCCACAAGCGAGCUCGAUACCUACCCUGGCGCCUGCCGAUGAACUAAAUGAUUUCGACUGUAUCAUCUGCUUUGAAUCGCUAUCGUCGUCCGGAGAGCACCGCAUCGUAUCACUUCCCUGCGGCCAUGUAUUUGGCAAGAGCUGUAUUGAAGCAUGGUGUGCCAACAAAAACGAAGCCAACUGCCCGCAAUGCAAAGGAAAGUACUCCAGGAACGACAUCCGAGUGAUAUACAUGAACAAGUUCGAUCUGUAUGAUAGGCAGAUGAAAAAAACAGCGGAAGAGCGAAAGAAGAUCGAGGCUGAGUUUCGAGAGUACCAAGGCGAGACUGAGCAGCGUUUGAAUGUGGCACUGGUCACCCAACGACAGCUCGAAAACGAGCUGGACAUGCAAAUACAGAGGAACCAGAGCCUCAAGGAAGAGCGAGACGGUGCUCGUGGAGAAGUUGCGCGGCUGAUGGCGCAAGUAGCAAUUCUUAGGAGUCAAGUCGACGCUGGAGUCACCAGUUGUUCCCAAGAGACACAAUCGCAGCGAUCGCAACAAAGUCUGGGCGAGGGAUCCUGGCAUACCAAAUUGUCAAUCUUGGCUGAGAAAGGAAGCGCACGCUGUCUGACCUUCAACAGCGAACAGGAACAUCUCUAUGUGAGCAUGUCUUCCUCCCGUGGACAACACGGGAUCUCGACAAUCGACCUCCGCUCGAUUUGGAACGGCCGCAAAAGAUUGGUUGCGUCCCCGUCGCUGGUGAUCCAUGCGGAUGUGAUUCGCGACUGCGCCUGGAUAGAAGCACAUCCCUCGUGGCUCCUUACAGCGUCAUUGGAUCGGACCAUGAAAAUAUCGUCGCCGAGCACAAAAAGCAUCGUUCAAACAUUUGAGCUUGGUGCUGCUGGUUGGUCAUGCUGCUUCGACGCGGUGAAUCCAAAUUAUGUCUACGCUGGGCUGCACAGCAACAUCAUUCAAGUGUUCGAUAUCCGCAAUGCCACCCGACCCAUCAAAUCCGUGGCUGAUAGCAACAUGGGCGGGGCAGGAAGGGGUAUUCACUACCUGCAUUCGGUCGCUCGACCAAGGACGGGGUCAGAAUCAAGGUCAAGGUCAAGGUCAAGAUCGGGCACGGCUGAAGCCCUGCUGUUUGGUGCAUCGCUGGGCUCUGUUUUUACAGUAUCAGGGACAUCAACGCCAACCCCUUUGGUUCAAAAACUCUCGGGAUCAAUACUGCAGGGAGUCACCUGCACCUCGGCUCACUUCGAUUCUGUGCUGAAUCAGUGGGUCUCCGUAUGGCGCGGUGCAUCCGAAAUUCGGUAUGUUAUCGGGACACUCGCCUCGGACGUUUCCGAUGACAUCAACGAACAAUUACUUCGGAUCACACACUUCCGGCGCCACCCAGGGUGGCAGGCGGUCAUGUCCAAAAGUCGGAUAUUCACCGCGCCGUCAGAUGGCCGGGGCGAAAGCGCAAGAGAGAGCUUCGUGCUGAUACCUGAUGACGCCGCCAACAUGCUCAAGAUAUGGUCGCUGAAUGAUGUCCGGUCGUCGGGAUAUGGAUCACAGCCUUUAGGAGUGGGCUCGCAAGCAUCACAGGCAUCGCAGGCGUCUCAAGCAUCGGCGCCCCGAUCACCGUUGCUGGCUCCUGGGAGUGGAAUGCGCCUCGACUCAUCGCUUUCCGCAAUGGCCUCGCCUUCGCCUUCUCCAUCGCCGUCAUCCUUCUCUCCCGCAAGCGAGACGAUGGUCGUGGUCGAAGCUUUUGAGCUCGAAAGCCUGUCUGCUGUAGACUCGGCCUCGACAGCGAGCCCAUUCCGAGGCUCGUCCGUCAUCGACGUAGAGCUGUGCACGCUGAGGAGCUCCGGACGCACGCUCGUCGCUGGACUCGACGAUCGCUCGGUGUAUCUGUUCGAGACAUCGCUGUAAGUGCUCGCGAUUCAUGAGUUAUAAACACCUGCGGUCACUUGAGCAGGGAUUGGCCAACGGUGUCCAAUGG